AUGCUCACAAUCCAGGCCGCGCAGGGUGCUGCCAUGUGCGCAUGCCCAGGCACGGGAGCGCCCAGGCUCGUCUACGCACGCCCUGCCUGUGGAGCUAGUGCCCGAGGCGGUUGUAGGGCGGUGGUAGCAGUGUCCAGCGAGAUGCUGAUGUUGAUGCUGGUGGUGGCGGCGACCGCGCGGCUCUGGGCGCCGGUGGGCGUGCCAGAAGUGACAUCAGCACAUUUUGCCAACGCGUUCCUGCUGUUGGUAGUGAAUGGGAAAGUCUAUACUUAUGCCUACAAGGAGGAUAUCUGGCAGAUAGCGACAGACCCUGCUGAUGCUCACUACCUACCUGUCUUUAAGUCUGGCUUCAAGGAGGAGGGAGGGGAGGGCGAAGUCACCUACCCAAAGGAGGCCAGAGUGAGGAUGAAGAAGGAGCCCCAGGCGGGACUGGCCGGGUCUCUAGGGGGAGUCUUCUACUUCCAUUCCUUGUCACAGAUCGGGCUGCUGCUGGUGAACAGUGGGAAGGGAGUGUUCGUGUACUCGGAGCAGCCUCUCGACCGGAACCUGGGGCUGGCUUUCAACUACGACAAGACCCUGGACGUCUUCCUCUGCCCCGGCCUGAGAGGCUUUCUGAUCCUCUGGUCUGAGAAGACCCUCUUGGUUUCCCCCAACUCAGGUCAGCUCUUCAAAACUGUCCAGGUGCACAAGGGAUCCCAGGUUCUGUCCACUUCCAUCUCCAAACUCAACAUCUCCAUCCACAGCAUCACUGCCAAUGAGCACACGCUGGCCGUGCUGACCAAGGAGGACGCUCUGUACUUCGGGAGUCUGGAAUUCCUGUCCAACUCCAUCAUCCAGCUGGCCGAGGGGUCCGUCUGGUUCCCAGAGGCAGUGCUGAUGUUCUCCGGGGUGGGGAUGCUGGACAUCCUGACGCCGCUUCCCGACGCCGCCUUCCCCACCUUUGACAUGCAGAAGUGCCCGAUCAACAUCCAGGCCAUCCUCAUGGGCCCCGGCCUCCAGGUGAAACAGUGCAAGAUAGAACUUCUGGAAAGCAGAUUAGAAUCUGAGAUGUACACCAUUGACAUGAACAGCAAACUCAACUUGUCCUUCACAUUGAUACCCCGGCUGGGCAUGUCCCCCAUUCCACUGGUGAUGGUGAGUAACCCCUACUCCCUGGGGCUGCAGGCCUCCAUCUACGAGGAGGCUGACAACACCUUCGACGGCAACAUCGUGUACAAACUGGACAUUGACCUCAAGCAGCAGCACCACUGGGGCAGGGCCUCCCCCAACUUCACCUCCAGCAUAAAGCGCCCCACGAUCUCUACUUUGACUGUGGACAUCGCCAACAGGGAGAUUUCGUGUGUGGACAUGAAGCCACUGUCGAUGCUCAUUUCGGUGGGUUGUGAUCUGGAAAAGAAGAUCGUUGUGCAGAACAAAAUCUCAGCCUGCUCUAAGGGCAUCCUGGACCCCGUGGAGCUCCAGAAAAACUACUCCUACGUCAUCGAGAAGGAAUCCUACGACUCCAGCUACCAGGGGCAGCGGUCCGACGAGGACCUGGUGGUGCAGUACUCGUACAAGGACCUGGGCUGCCCGCGUCUCGUCUACUACGACACCCCCUGGAAGCCCGUGAUCGAGCUGUGGCGGAAGUCGGACUUCCAGGAGAUCGUGAGCGCGGAGUACGUGCUGCUGGAGGUGAACGGGGUGUUCACCUACUCCUACGCCAUGACAGCUGGCUCCGCCUCAUGCAUCAACCAGCCCCAGAACUGGACCAGCAUCCUGGAGACGUCCUCCAAGAAGGGACCCUUCUCCUGGAACAGAGAGAACUACAUAAGCUGCCGCGACAGCAGCAGCAACCUCACUGCCUUGGAGUGGCCCGAUGCCCAGUACCAGGUCCUGGGGGGCCUAACAGACAACGAGAUCAUCUUCGACCAAAGGAACGGGUUCUACAUCUUCCACCUGUCCAUCGUGGACCCCUACUACAGCUACUGCCAGCUGGAGACCACCUUCAGCAUCUACGUGUACGGGGCCUACCCGCGCAGAGCCAUCCCGCCCGAGGCCGCCAUCGUCCUGCUCGUGAGCGGCCUCCUGCUGGCCGUAUGGCUGGCCUACCUCGUCCUGCACACCGCGGAGGGCCACAGGUGCCAACAGUGCUGUGCCAGCCUGUGCUGCUGCGGCUGUGCCAGGGCCAGGCACUGA